AUGCGAGAUCAGCUUCCAGAGGCACUUGAGUACGAUACGGAGGUCGGCCUAGUUCUGGAUGGCUAUAGCGAGCCGGACGAGACUGCAGACCAUUCUGGAGCUAUGUUGAACUUGAAUACGGGAUACAUUAGCUUGUUGGGCAAGUUUAAUGCCGAUGUCACUGCAAACACGUCUCCAGAUACCCAAAUCGAUGUCAAUAUCCACCAGGAAAUCAACGACAAGCUGCGGCAGAAAGACAUUUUGCAGGACGAUGCGGAUUACUCAUACCUGAACAAUUACCACAGACGACAGUCGCAGCCCAGCAGCAAGCCAUUUGGACUGCCGAGCUCUACAGAAAACACAGAGCAACGCGACGUGCAAGUGCCCGGCACUAUUGAAAAAAGCCGCGUAGGAAUCGCCUCAAAUAGCAGCCCAUUGACAAACAAAACUCGCAGUGAAUUUCUACCGCCCAAUAAGAAUGGCCACGAUGAGCUGAACGACGAAAUCAUUAGCUCCCAAAGUGUUUUUUCCCCAAUUUCGCAUCACAGGCCCGCAAACUCGUAUCGCACUCAAAAAGAUGAGAUCGGGAACUCCUCGCCGAAUAUGAACGAGCCGUCGUCACAGGAGGUGAGCGAUUUUGAGAUAGACGACAAGGACAAUAUUAGCGAGACUCUGAGAAUCUCCAAUUCGCAAAACGACCAGUCAAAUACGGCGUCGUCACUCUCUCAAAAAGAGCUGAAAAACUCUAUCAUGCGGCUCUCCCAAAACUCACAAAGCUCACAAAGGGAAGAUGGCUACGAAUCAUCUCACCCAACCGUCCAUAUACCCUCGCAGGACGAAGGCACACGAGAACUAACCGAGGAAAUGGAAGAUCCGAACUCAGACGCGGAAGCCAACUCGACUCCUCUUUCUCAGGUGGCCUACACGUCUAGCUUGCUUUUGCGUCCCAAACGCGUACUAAAAAGCAGCCCAAGAAAACUGUCUCAGCGCAAAGUUGUGAGAUCCGCUCCCCCAGUGAUUGAACUAGAUGAUAGUUCGACCAAUUCUUCGAGGAAUAACUCAGACCUGGAGAACGCUGACUCAGACUCUGACGAGCAAGAAGUCAAGGACAGUAUGGAUGAGACACGGAUCAAUUCCGUGCUAGAUAGAGACCAAAUCGAUCUACUGCUCAGCACGAAACGAAACUCUCCAGAGCUACCUUCGCCAGAAUUCGAGAACACUAACGAUAUACAAAGCCAAAACACACAGACACCGCCAAACUUCAAAGGCACAGACAUCGUGCCCCAGUCGCUGACCCAGAACGAGAUCUUGAGAACAGAUGAGACAGAAAAAACGUUUCGAAAAGAGGACAUUAUCUUUCCGCGCUCAGUAUGGGUAACGUUCGACAAUUUGAAACUGCCCUUCAGCAUUAAAGAUGUGACGAAAUAUUACGACGAGUCUCGCAGCGUGCAGUUCUCUGUUUCAGUCGCAAACUCCCAGAUGCUUGAAGUGGUGGACUAUGUGAAAUUAUUUGCUCCUCUUUCGAUCAGGGUCGGGGACCAUAUAAAACUGUUUGCCAACAGAACCAAAGUAUACAAAGUAACUGGCUUGCAAUACGAUCCCAAGAUACCCAACGCCGUGUGUUGCAUACGUGGCUUCAACCGUGUAUACCUUUGCGAAAAAGGUUCUGCGCCAAAUGACGAGUUCAGCGUCCCGUUGGAGGACACAUAUCUUACUGCGAAUCUUUCAGGUAAGCUGACAUUCAAGAUAUUUGACGACGAGCAAUAUUUUCAUGAGUUCUUGUCAGAUUUGCAACAACAAGAUGGUCCAAUAAUACAGAAUACCCUUCAAAAGAACUCCCUGCCCUUUCAUGGUUGUGUUUUUGUAUUUACCUCUGCGCCGCAUCAGUCAGAAACGAACGAGACAACGAAAGUGAGAGAAAUGAUUAGGUUCAUUGAAAAGCAGGGAGGCCUAAUAAUCGAAGACGGUUUUCCUAAACUCUUCCACAUAGAUGAAACAGGACUCAAACCUGGCAAGACGCUUGAGCAGCUCAAGUUUGCUGCACUGCUAUCUCCCAAACACGCGAGAACCAUGAAAUAUCUGCAAUCGCUGUCUUUAGGAUGGCCAAUUUUAUCAACAGCCUUUCUUGAAGACCUGAUAUCAAAUCCGGACCAACUCAGCAGAUGGCAGUCUACGUUUCAUAAUUACAUGCUCCCUGCGGGACAUAGCAUAAUUCGCAAGUGCAUACUGAGCGCCAAUGUGUUCCCUUUCCUACGCAAUUUCCACAACGGGAAGUUCCUCCACGAGCAGACAGGGCUUGUCCGUUUGCUGGAUGGACUGACCAUUGUUGUUGACCGCAGCAGUUUGCCAGUCAGUGUUAAGGACAUUGAUUUUUUGCUCAAGGCGCUCGGCUGCCGCGACGUCAGGGUCAUACCGGAAAUCACCCUUCAAGACGUCGCAGCACUUGACCACGAGAGCCUGUUGCUCACAGAUAUGGACAAAAAGUCUUUGGACGCCCAGGUGCACAAACGGCGGCCGAAAAGACAGCGAAGAGACAGUUCUGGUGGGGACUUGGAAGUUUCUGUGGUUGAUUGGGAGUGGCUUGUGCAGUGUAUCAUUGGAGGCACGCGAUUCGACCCGAUUUUCCGCUGGAAAGUGUCUUCAUUGCGCAAGUAA